ACACAAUUCAUUACUUUCUCUGCACUGACCAUGGCCACAGUACAGUCAAUGCCAGGAGGCUCAGACCUUCAUCAUGCCGUUGAUAAGCUCGUAUCUGGGUCCUCAGACCCCUUCAAUAUUAUGGAGCAUCGAGAAAUCUUCCAGCGACGAGCUCUGGAAGAUGUGACCAUCAACAGCAACGAUUCGGCGAUGAUGAUGAACCCUCACAACCCGCUGCUAUUGAAGGAAGAGUCUGAAGCGGAGAAGGCUACAUUUCGAAAACUCAAAUACACGUACAUUGAGCAAGGGGCAAAGGUCAACUUUGUGAUGAAUAUCACGGGAGACGAGCCAAUGGGUCUUCAGCCAGGAGAAAAUGAGGGACUGCAGAUCACCAACAAAGAGAAGAAGGCGGCAUUGAAAGCCGUCAAGGACGAAGUACACGGUGUACGGGACGAAGCUAUUUCGCUGGCAAAGGACAACGCCUUGCGUCACGAGCGAGUCUCGUCGCAAGUAUCAGAGGCUCAGGCUUUGCAGAAAAAGAUCAGGGACAUGGAGCUGGAGCUCGCAAGAAUAAAGGCCAACUAUCCGUCCGGCAAGCGCGUGACCAUAGCUCAAGCUCAGGACAUCCUUGAACAGCAAACGGAGGAGAUGCAGAAAUUGAUAACGGAUACCGAAGAGGCCAAUAAGAAGCGGGACGAGGUUAGAGAACAGGUGUCCUCUGCUUCGAAGGAUCUCCAGCGCCUCAUGAAGGACAAGGAGAGAGAAGAGGCCCGAGCUCUAGAGGUUCAGAGCGGACGCGAGGCCGGAGACACAAAGGUCGAUGAGCAAUGCAGAUGGCUUAUGUCCUCGAUCACAUUCUAUAAAUCUUUGAUGGGAAUACGGAACGUCAAGGCUGUAUCCGAGUACCAACUCCACCUGGAGUACGCCGUGCCAAGCACCACGGAGGGUGAUUCGGUGGUCCUCCUACUCAACUUUGACUCCCUAUCCAAACGACUGGCAGGCGCAGAGAUCAUGGGGAGUGACGCAGACAUUUCUGAGCCUGUCAAUGUGGCUGUGGCGACCAACGACAUCCCAGGCUUGAUAGCAGACGUGUUGGUGCUUGUUCGCCAGACGGUCUGAAGUGACUUGAGGAUCGAUGUGUAUGAUACAUGAGAUGGCUGUAGGUCUGUGACAAUGUAUAGCUAUGGAGC